AUGGGAAACUCUAAUGCAGAUACUGUCGUGCACCACAAGUUACAAAACUCCAUCAAAGCCAGGUUCCUUCGUUUUAUGCCCCUGGACUGGAAUCCUAACGGAAGAAUCGGGAUGAGGGUCGAACUUUACGGCUGCACUUACAGGUCGGAUGUGGCUGACUUCGAUGGAAGGAGUUCCAUGUUCUACAGAUUCAACCAGAAGAUCGUGAGCACGGUGAAGGACGCGAUCUUCCUGAAGUUUAAGACGAUGAGAAGUGACGGCGUGGUUCUGCACGGCCAGGGGCAGCAAGGAGACCACGUCACUCUGGAGUUGAGGAAAGGCAAGCUCUCGCUGGAGAUCCACUUAGGUGACAGGUCCCCGCAGGCUGUUAGUGACCGCUCCUCUGUCACACUGGGCAGUCUGCUCGAUGACCAACACUGGCACCAUGUCGCAGUCGAACGCAAUAAGAAGCAAGUGAACUUCACUGUGGACGCGGACACCCAGCAGUUUCACACUAAAGGCGACUCUGAAACCCUGGAUCUCGAUUACGAGCUGAGCAUUGGGGGGACUCCAGUUCCAAGCAAAUCGAUGCCAUCUCAGAGGAAGAACUUCAACGGCUGUAUUGAAAAUCUCCAUUACAAUGGAGUGAAUGUUAUUGAUCUGGCCAAGCGACGGAAACCUCAGAUAUACAUUGGAAACGUCUCGUUCUCCUGCACGGAGCCACGCACCGUUCCGGUCACCUUCAUGACCCCCGGGAGUUACUUGCUGUUGCCAGGAACGCCGCACAGGGAAGAGCUGUCCGUGAGCUUCCAGUUCCGCUCCUGGAACCAGGACGGGCUCCUCCUGUACAGCAAACUGCAGAGAGCGUCAGGAGCCCUGCAGAUCCACCUGGGCCACGGGAAACUGAGAGUCGCUCUCCAUAAAUCAGGGGGCCAGGCGGCCAUCACCACAGGGGCCAAUCUGAAUGACGGCCAGUGGCACUCCAUCCAUUUGACUAUCAAGAGGAAUCGUCUCAGUGUCUCGUUGAACGAUAAGGAAUCCUCCGCUUCACAUUUGACCACGCAGACGCCAGUGUCUUCGGGAAGCCGCUACUAUUUUGGAGGCUGCCCUGGAAACGCCAUUGAGGCAGACUGCUCCAACCCCAUCGGACCAUUCCAAGGUUGCAUGCGAGUGUUCUCCAUUGACGACCAGCCAGCCAAUCUCCUUCUGGUGCAGCAGGGUCUGCAAGGGAACUUCAGCGACCUCCAAAUCGACCUGUGUGGCAUCGUGGACAGGUGCUUACCAAACUACUGUGAACAUGGAGGAGAAUGCUCUCAGUCCUGGAGUAGCUUCUUCUGUGACUGCACAGGGACGGGUUACACAGGAGCCACGUGCCAUAACUCCAGGUACAAGCAGUCCUGCGAAUCGUACAAACACACGGGGAACACCUCAGGUUUCUUCUCCAUUGAUCCCGACGGAAGUGGGCCUCGAUCGCCAUUGCUUGUUUAUUGUAACAUGACAGAAGAUAAAACGUGGACGAUUAUCCAGCACAACAGCAUGCGAGAAACAAAAUUGCAAGGGUCUCCCAAUGUGGUCAGUCCCUACAUGGCGUUCUUCAACUACACUGCGAGUUUGGAACAGCUACGGACCAUGAUCAACAGUGUGGAGCAGUGCGAGCAGCAGAUUGAUUACCACUGCAAGAACUCUCGUCUCCUGAAUGCACCAGGUGGAGUACCGUUCACCUGGUGGAUCGGGAGAACCAAUGAGAAGCAAACUUACUGGGACGGUUCACUGCCCGGACGUCAAACAUGCGCGUGCGGAUUGGAAGAUAGUUGCCUGGAUACGAGAUAUCGGUGCAACUGUGAUGCUGGCACUGAUGAAUGGACCAAGGACACGGGGCUUUUGACGUACAAAGACCACUUGCCUGUGACGCAGAUUAUCAUUGGAGACAUUAACAAGACAAACUCGGAAGCUGUCUUCAAGCUUGGACCUUUACGAUGUUACGGAGAUGGCAAUUACUGGAAUUCGGUUUCAUUUAACACCGAGUCCUCAUAUCUCCAUUUCCCCACGUUCCACGGGGAGCUCAGCGCCGAUAUCUCAUUUUUCUUCAAAACGACUGCUUCCUCGGGGGUUUUCCUGGAGAAUCUCGGAAUAAAGGACUUCAUAAGGAUCGAGCUGAAUUCUCCAAUGGAAGUCCUCUUCUCCUUUGACGUGGGCAACGGGCCGCCGGAGAUCGCAGUGAAGGCAUCCACGCACUUGAACAACAAUCAGUGGCAUUACGUUAGAGUGGAGCGGAACAUCAAGGAGGCAUCGUUGCAGGUGGACCACCUGCCGAGAAAGGUCCAGGAGGCUCCGGCUGAUGGACACAUCCACUUGCAGCUCAACAGCCAGCUGUUUGUCGGAGGAACAGCCUCAAGGCAGAAAGGAUUUCUUGGCUGCAUCCGGUCCUUGCAAUUAAACGGAGUGACCCUUGAUCUUGAGGAGAGGGCAAAAAUGACCCCAGGGGUGAAGCCCGGAUGCCCCGGACACUGCAGCAGCUACGGCAGCCUGUGCCACAAUGGAGGGGGGUGUAUCGAGAAGUACAAUGGCUAUUCCUGUAACUGCAGCCACUCUGCCUAUAAUGGGCCAUUCUGCAAGAAAGAGGUGUCCGCGCUCUUGGAAGCCGGGACGACGGUGAUCUACAAUUUUCACGAGGCGUACGGGAUUGCCCGAAACGUCAGCAGCCAUUUAUCUGCCAUCUACUCCGACCUGACGCUUUCCAGGGAGAAAAUCGUGUUCAGUUUCCGGACAACGCACAUCCCCAGCAUUCUGCUUUACGUCAACUCCUACUAUCAGGAAUACAUGGCGGUGGUGCUGUGCAGCAACGGGAGCCUCCAGAUCCGCUACAAGCUGGACAAUGAUAAAGACGCCAAUAUCUUCAGCGUCGACGGCAGACGGCUGGCGAAUGGACAACUUCACAGUGUGAAGAUUGACCGGGAAGGGAGAGAUGUCCACGUUCAGAUUGAUCAAUACCUGGCAUUGAGAUUUAAUCUAUCGUCGGGGACUGAUGCAGAAUUCAACGGUGUGAAAUCCCUGAUCCUUGGAAAGAUUACAGGCAGUAGCGGGCUGGACAAGGAGCUUCGGAAGGCCAACAUGUGGGGAUUUAUUGGCUGUCUUUCUACCGUGCAGUUUAAUGGGAUCGCUCCGUUAAAGGCCGCCCUUCACCGUCCCAGCUUGGCACCCAUCGAGGUCAAAGGGCACUUAUCCAAGUCAAGGUGCGGCAUCUCGGGGUCGACUGGUUUGAGGACCGUCACCACAACGCAUCCACUGGCAGAUCACACUGGGACAAUUGAAGAGGGCAAGCUGCUGACAAACGCAAUCAGGAGCGACUCUGCAGUCAUUGGAGGUGUAAUAGCGGUGGCGAUCUUCGUCAUCCUCUGCAUUGUGGCUGUAAUGGGCCGCCUGAUGUACAAGCACAAAGGCACGUACCACACCAACGAAAUGAAGAGGGCGGAAUACACUGAGCCCACAGACGCCACGUUGAAGAGCAAUUCCAUUUACCAGGAUUCCCUGAGUGAAGACAAGAAAGAGUACUUCAUCUGACAAUUACACAGGCCCUCUUCAUUAUUAUAACCGAUUAAUAACACCCGGGAUAUACUGUCUGUGCUAUCAGUUAGCUCCAGACUCUGUGAACUAUAAAUGGACAGACAUUACAGUCAGAGUAGGGACAUGAAAAAUGGUUUACACUUUUUGUUCGCCUUAACAGGGCAGGGGUUCUAACGUAUUAUUUCCUGCUAUCUUCAGGUCAGCUCAGGGGAGGAGAAGGAAGAGGUUUUAAAUGUCUACAUGGGAACGGCAGAGAAAUAAAUUUACCAUUAUAACCGUUUAAGUAUAGUUUAGAGAUACGGCGUGGAGACAGGCACGUCAACCCAC